GGCCCUCGGGAGAAGGAAGUGCUUGUGCCUUUCAGAAAGCUGGAACUGCCCUGAGCCUGCACACCUGCCCAAGGAGCUCCGGAGAGCGCCGGGCGGGCGCCGUAGUUGGCAGAAACCCCACUUCCUCAUGGCUCAGAGGAGUUGCUGGGGGAACAGGGACAAGAACUUGUGCCCAGUGCCCCGUGGUGUUCUGAGAGCCCUGAGCCCCUCGCGGGUGGGCAGGGAGGCGCACUCUUCUCCCUGCUGCUAGUUUCCAGAAGGAUGAGAGAGCCAGAGGCUCGCUGCACGCUCAGGAAGAUGGCUGCCUUUUACCAAUGCGUCAGGCCUGACCCCAGUGAACUGGACAUGCUUUCCACAAGGGUGAUGGACAUCAAGCUUCGGGAAGCUGCUGAAGGCCUUGGGGAGGAUGGCACAGGAAAGAAGAAAUCCAAAUUCAAAACGUUUAAGAAGUUGUUUGGGAAGAAGAAGAGAAAGGAGUCACCCUCGUCCACUGGAAACAGCACCUGGAAGCAGACUCAGGCCAAGAGCGAGGUCAUCGCCAUCGAGUCGGGGCCAGUGGGCUAUGACUCCGAAGACGAGCUGGAGGAAUCCAGGAGCACCUUGGGCAACCGUGCCCUCUCACACGACAGUAUUUUCUUCCCCGAAUCGGGACAGGACCCUGCUCGGCCUGUGCGGGUGUUUUCCCAAGAAAACGUGUGCGACCGGAUCAAGGCCCUGCAGUUGAAGAUACAAUGUAAUGUGAAAAUGGGGCCACCGCCUCCAGGAGGCAUUCCUAUCAAGAGGGCAGAGGAAACUGGUAUGAGCUCUGAGGAUGAUGGACUGCCCCGGAGCCCCCCAGAGAUGUCCCUGCUGCACGACGUGGGUCCAGGCACCACUAUCAAGAUCUUAGUGUCCUCAUCGCGGCCACAGUCUCCUGACCACAUGAGUGAUGCCACUGUCUCCUCUCGGACUUUGGAUGGCAGCCUGGCACCUGUGGCUGACUUCAGCCACCCUCCAGAAUUCUCCUCCUGCCUGGACAACUCUGCAGCUAAACAUAAGCUCCUGGUUAAGCCCCGCAACCAACGAUCAAGUAAAAUGAGGCGACUGUCGUCGAGGGCACAGUCUGAGUCCCUGAGUGAUCUGUCAUGGACCCUGGAGGAGGAAGAAUACGAAGAGAAACGGUUAUUCCAGUUCAGCAUAGACGAGGGCCCCGGUGCUGGGCAGCGGGAUUUGAUGCUGGGCAGAAGGCCUGAGCUUGGGGGACCUGCAGCCUUGCUGCUGCCUGGAGGGGCCUGUGCCAGGCGCGCUCGCCUACAGCACAGCACAGCUGUCAGUGCCAGCAUGGAAGAGGGAGGGUCUCCUGGAGAGGAACCCUCAAGCCACCGGGCAACGCCAGAGGUUGCUGAGCCCAUGGCCGUCUCAGAGAUGGAGACCCCACCUCUGCCAGAAGGUUCUCCGUGCCAUAUUCCCCACAGUGAAAUCCAGAAGGAAGAGCUGUCCCCUGGAGGCCUGUGUCCCCUAGUGGAGAGCACAUCUAAGGAGGUCGGUGGUGGUUCUGGAGAUGUGGAAACUCCACUAUCCGAUGUCUCUGAGGGAGGCAUGGCUCCUUCCAAGGAGGAUCCCACACAUCACAAGGGAGACACAACACUUCGUGAAGGGGAGGCCAUACCUUUCAAAGAGGGCAUAACACCUCCGGAAGGAGAUACACUGCUCAAGGAGGCCAUGGCACCACCAGUUAGAGACGAGUCACCUUCCAAGGGUGACAUUGCACCUCCCAAGAGUAUCAUGGCACCUCCUGAGAGAGACACAUCACCUCCAGAAACAGACUUGUCACCUCCCAAGGGAGAUGUGGCGCCUCCCAAGAGGAUCGUGGAACCUCCAGAGAGAGACGUGUCACCUUCCAAGGGUGACACUGUGCCUCCCAAGAGAAUCAUGGCACCUCCAGAGACAGACUUAUCACCUUCCGAGGGAGAUAUGGCACCUCCUGAGAGAGACAUGUCACCACCAGAGAGAGACGUGUCACCUUCCAAGGGUGACACUGCGCCUCCCAAGAGGAUCAUGGCACCCCCAGCGAGAGACAUGUCUUCCAAGGGAGACAUGGCACCCACUAAAGGGAUCACGGAACCUCCCAGGAGGGACAUAAUACUUCCAAAGGGAGAGGCACCGCCCCCGGAGACUGUCACUGACAACAACUUCGAGACACCUUCAGAUACAGAGAGACAGGACCAAAGUGUCCAGAAGGAGGAGGAGCUGACCCCAGUGGCACCCAGGCCUGAGGCAGCAGGGAUAGAGUCCUCCACAACCCCUUCCCCGAGCCCUCCAGUACCCAAGAGCUGCCUGAAGCACAAGGCCUUGGCCUUAGGUGGGUCCCCCGCGGAGCCUCCUAUGAAAGAGCCCAACCCCGGAGUCCAGGACAGAGCAAUUGUGCCCCCGGCCCGCACCAGGCCUGCACAGGCUGCAACAUCAGGGGGUCCAGAGAAGGCAACCCUGGGGAGGAAGAGCGAGCGGAGUACUGAGCCACAGCGCAGUGUUAAGAGGUUCUCGGUGACCUCGAGCAGGGCACGUGCCCGUGCGAGCAGCUCUCGCCUUCUGGAGCAUUCUGCGCAUGUGCCUGCAGGGGGGCGAGCACCCUUGCUACGGAGUGGCCUUGCCUGGAAGAGUGAGGCAGCUCUUGAUGACGUCCAGGUGCUGCCAGAGCCCCAAGGCAAGAAGGCAGUGGGUGGUGACUCUCAAGAUUCAGGGGACAUGGGGGCUGGCCAGGCAGGACCGGGCAGGAGCCUCCAGGAUGCUGAUCCGUGUGCUUCCACCGUGAAAGAGCCAGCCCCUGGUGGGGACCAAAGCCCCUUCCCAGUCAAGCUACGGUCCACCUCGCUCUCGCUCAAGUACAGAGACGGCUCUGCCCAAGAGGCCAAAGCCAUUAAGAGGUACAGCGCUGAAGUCAGGUUGGAGAGAGGAGGCCUGACUGUACUCCCCAAGGACGAACAGAGCCAUGCCGGGGCUGCCCCCGCACUGCGAAGUUCCAGGUUCCCCAAUGGGCAAGGGAAAGGGAAGUCCAGGUCUCCUGAACAGCCCAGUACCAAGCCACCCCUGCCCAGGAAACCACUCCUGCAGAGCCUCACCCUGCCAUACCCACCCGCAGGCCUGGAUGCCAGCCCUGGGGAGUCUGAGAGACUUAUACCGGUCAUCCUGCCUCCCGAGUCCAGGAAGGAGAAGUUACCCCACCCGGGAGCUGAAAAGGGUCAGCCUCCUGCUGCUACAGGUCCUGGGGCUGACGGGCAGCCCACCCCGCCCUGGAUCACCAUGGCCCGGCAGAAGCGAAGAGGAGCCCCAGACCUGCCUGUCAACCAGGAAGACAAGCCUGGGCCACGGAUCCUGAAGACAGAGACUGGAAAGCAAGCCCAGGACUCGGUGAAGCAGGGUGACUUUGUCCGAAGCAAAUCUUUCCUGAUGACCCCUGUGAAGCCUGCUGUGACCCAGAGGCAGGGGUCAAAGCUGAGCCCCAAGGAGGGGCUACAGAGAGGAAUCUCACUGUCCCAUCAGAACUUGGCAGCUCAGGCUGCAGCAAUGACAGAGAAGGAGUUGCAUCAGCUGAAGAGAGCCAGCUAUGCAAGUACAGAUCAGCCGUCCUGGAUGGAACUCGCCAGAAAGAAAUCUCAAGCUUGGAGCGACAUGCCCCAAAUCAUAAAAUAGAUUGGCAGACUGCCGGUGAAGGCUGUCCACUGCAUUGACAGACUGCUUAGUUUCAAACUGCCAAUAAAUCACGGCAAACAGACUGUGAAACUUACGAUUGAUUUUUGUCAAGGAAUUAUGAUGUGCUCCGGGAAGGGAGAGGAACCCGGCAGAACAAAGAAGACAGGCAGCUUCGGUCCUGAGCCAGAGGGGCUGCCGUAAGAGGACCCCGUAAAAGAUCCUUCCUGUGCUGAGACUUCAGUGUGACCCUUCAGAAUCCCCGUUCCAGAAAAUGGAAAUGAAGAGGAGUGCACAUGUUGGGUGCCCUUUAAGAACAGAACCAGAACUUCUUAUGAGUCCCAGGUCUGCUCUGUCACUUGUCAUCAGUCAGUGCCUCUGACCACUGUCUUUGCGUGGACCAUGGUCAUCUUUUGUGUUUCCUAUUAGGCAUGACGUUUAUGGUUGAAGCAGGGAUGCCAUUUACAAGAGCAGCUACCUAACAAUCCAGUUUCCUGAAGAUACCCACCCUUGAGAAGGGGAGGAUGGGACGUGGCAGGGUUUGUCAAUUCAUAGACUGUUUCCAAAAAUAAUUUUUAAACUUUUCCACUAGGCAUCUGUGUCCUGAACCAUUGCACAAUGCAUUGCCUGUUUAAUAAAAGGUUUCAAACAUG